AUGGCUGGUCAGCUCUCACUCAAGAAAGCAGAGCAAGCCAAAGACGAACUCGACCGCACAGUUCGCUCCCUCAGCACUGAUUUUCAGCUUCAGCUUCACAUCCCAGACCUAACGCUGUCGCCCAGUAAGCGCCGGCAACAGCAUCGCAAUGGAGACCAAGAGCGAAGCGAACACAUCUACUUAUGCGCAUAUCGCCUCAAGUUUCAGGACCCCAACCGUCUCGCAAUAUGUCUGACUCGCUUCCGUGAGCAGGCGGACGAGCAUCUCAAGAAUUGGAUCCGGAAGCCCCGCGCUGACCCUGAUACGACCCCAAGCAAAUCCUUUGGCCCACCCCGUUCUCAUGCCCGCUUGGCCUCUGAGGAGCGGGCCGAACUGCAAGACUUUCUACUGCAGUUGCUUAAAGACGACAAUAUCGCGAGUCGCCAGCGUUCCAAGCACUCAAAGCGCAAGUCUGAUGAAUUCCCAGAUCCUAGCUCCAAGAGAUCUAGAAACUCUUUCGAAGGUUCUCCCGCGUGCGAGAGCAUUGACAGCAUCCCAGUUCGCUCUAGAGCUGUGGCCUCCAGUAGCCGUCUAUUAACGGGACGGCCCGCUAGAGGCGCAGGUACAUCAUCCUUCACCAAUGGCAUCGCCACCGCGUCAUUUGCCAGCACUCAGCCAUCGUCCUUCGGUACAAGGUCAUUUAAUUCCAGUAAAGUUUCACUGGCUCCAACUGUCUUCACAAAUGACUACGCGCCGAGUACUCAAGCAACUACUGUGACCAACACCUCUUUCAAAAGAUCCCAGCUUCCGUUCCAGGCCACGCAACCGUCCCUCACAAGCAAUGCGACGUCUUCAAAAGACAUUCAGAUUCCCUUCUCUCAAAGCAUCCGAAAAUUUGCGUACCAACCACCGAGCGAGGAAAAUCGCAAUGACAUUGAUCCCCCAAAACCGCCUUCAUUUCGGAGGUAUGAGGAUCGAACGCCCCCAGAGCCUGUCAUCGAUCUCACAGAUGAUGAUGAGCCCGAGGAAGAGCCAAGGCUUCCAAUUCUGUCGAUACCUCAGCCAAUCAAAAGUCAAGUUGACUUUAAAAGAGCAGGCAUGAUUCGAUCGAGCAGUCCCGCGACAGCCUACUCUAGCCUACCAGAGAUGAAUGAGUUCGAUACCAUGCUGUUCGAUGCUCCCAUCUCUGAUCCAGAAUUGCCUGAGUGUCUGCUGACAGAUCGUCUUCGGAACAUCUGGCCAAAGUUCCCCAUUCCCGGGCUGAAUCAGGCGCCUCUGAUUAUCCUGUGGGAGCUUACCCGUGCCGCGCUUCAUUGUCGCGUGGAUCUGUCUACAUGGGAUCUCGAAUACCAGCCCAAUGAUAGUUGGCAUGAUCAGACCAAGUUCCGAGGUCAGCUCUUUAGACAUCGACUCUUUGUGGGACAGGGCUUGCCUCCAGCUUGCGAUCGUGCUGUCUGGGAUGCUGCGUUUGGAUCAUUCGCCUCACACGACAAAGCCGUUGUUCUUGCCGGAGAAUUUGUCUGUAAUACAGAAGAUACUGGGCAACUAUACCGACUAAAACUCCAGCCUCCACGUCUUGAACUCGGGCAUCGACUGGCUCGCCGCUUUGGUGCAGAUCGCUUCUUGGAAGUCAUCAUGCCGUCGCCCACUUCUAGAGAUGCUCCCGAUCUGAUCAGGCAAGACCCCCAGGGCGCAGAUAAGGUCAUAAAGUGGUUGACAGAAAGCUUCCAUUACUUUGUCGGUCGAUCGUGGGCAGCUUUCUACACUCGCGAGGCCAAGAAGUCCAUCAAGGAUCCGCGCCCUCCUCACAAGUCACUUACGAUCAUGCAAGAGCGCGUGUAUUUCUUUGCAACUGACGGUAUCAACUUUCGUAUUCCCAUGAGCCAGUUCCCUCCUCUGGAAGAAGCGACCUCUCCGGGACACCGCACAAAGAUGAGGCGCUGUGAUCUCUUGAACUGGGCUAUCAACAUUGAGCAGAACUCGUCGCAACCGGUACCCAAGCUCUUCUCACGACUUGCUCUCAGCCUCAGUAAGACUGUUCCCACCAUCGUCAUUGAACCUCACCAAUUUCGACAUCUCGACACUAUGUUAGGCUUCCACAAGUACAUGACCAAGAAAGAGAAGAAGGAGCAAAAAGAUAUGGGUGAUGGUAUCGGCCGAAUGUCUCGAAACCUUGCGCGCAGGAUAGCAACGCACAUGGGACUCUUGGAAACGCCAUGUGCGUUCCAGGCUCGUAUUGGCAGCGCGAAAGGGAUGUGGAUUGUCGACGUCGAAGAUGAUGGAUUGGACAAUGACGAUUGGAUCGAGACUUAUCCCUCGCAGCGAAAAUGGAAUUGCGACUUCGAAGACGUUCACCACCGGACAUUCGAGGUACGCGAGUGGUCCAGAGAGCUACGGUCAGCUGCUCUCAAUACACAAUUCAUCCCGGUUCUCGAGGCACAGGCACAUGUACCCCAGGACAUGCGCAAUGUCAUUGCUCGUCACCUCGCGAAUGGCCUUCAAGAGGAGAUCGGGGGUCAGCUCGCUGCCAUGACCCAUCCGACCAAUCUUCGUGGGUUUACACAUCGCGGCUUUGACCGAGCGACAUUGGGAAACGUCCCCUUCCUAGGCGCCCUACCAGAGCGAGAAGAAGACAUUAUCUCAUACAUGCUCGACGCUGGCUUUGACGCCACCAAGUGUCGGUUUCUGCGAGACAUGGUAUGGAAAGCCCAGAAAAGACAGGCUGACCAGCUCAAAGAGAAGAUGAACAUCAAGAUUCCUCGCUCAACUUAUGCAUUCAUGACGGUGGACUUUACCGGUACUUUGGAAGAAGGCGAGGUACAGCUUGCUUUCUCCUCGAAAUUCCAAGCAGACGGCGAAUCAGACACACUACUCGAUGGGAUCGACAUCCUCGUAGCUCGAGCCCCUGCUCACUUUGUCAGCGACAUUCAGAAAGUCAAAGCUGUAUUCCGACCGAACCUGAAAAGACUCAAAGAUGUCAUUGUCUUCUCGUCGAAGGGUAAGUCUCCGCUGGCCGAUUUGCUUUCUGGUGGCGACUACGACGGCGAUUUGGCUUGGAUCUGCUGGGACCCUGAUAUUGUCAACAACUUCAACAACGCGCCAAAACCAGUCGAGCCUGAUCUCGUUGGACAAGGAUAUCUCCGAAAGUGCAACCCAAGUUUCGAGUCCAUCUUGAAUGCGGCGGCCGAUGUCGACAGUGCAUGCGCAUAUUUUCUUUGUACAGCGAUAUCAUUCAACAUGCAACCUGGGUAUCUAGGUAUCGCAACCAAGUUUAAAGAAAAGCUGUGCUAUCUCGAAAGAGGUGUGAACAGUGAGCGAGCUGUUGCUUUGAGCACAUUAGUCGCUCUACUGGUCGACCAAGCCAAACAAGGACUGUUGUUCACUCGCGAGGACUACGAUCGGCUGAAGCGCGACAUGAACAUGAAGGGCAAAGACCCAGAAUAUGAAAAUGACAGGAGUUCUAGACGCAACUACGUCAACAGGGACGGUUCUAUCCAUAUCCUUGAUGAGCUCAAGUUCGUGGUGGCUGAAGACACAAUCGCAGAUGUGUUGAAGAGAUUCUAUGAUGCUCUCUUUGGGAAGGAUGUUCCUGUGCAAGCGUGGGACAAGGAUUUGGCCCGUCUUUGGGACGACUUUGAAAGCCAGAAGAACGAAUCGAAGAUCAUUGGCAGACUCAUGACUGCGCUCCACGCGCAGGUUUCCGGGACCAUUAAAGAGUGGAAGAGGGCGAUGGCGGGAGGGAGAAUCGAUUCCUCGCACAAUGAAUUUCCCGCCAAAGUCAGAGAACUAUAUCAGAAAUGGUCCUCAUAUCAACCGCCCCAAGAGCUCCUGAUGUCGAAGCAAGUUAAGCCCCUCCUCGACAAAUGGAACGGCGAUCCAUCCCUCAGCAGAUGGGAGCUCCUCAAAGCAUCUACCAUGUUCAAACUCAGCUAUAAUGAAGCAUACCUCAUGCUCUGGCAUCUCUCAGGUAAGCAGCUCGCAUGGAUGAAAGCUACGAUGUCGUGCAGCACAUCCGACGCAAGCGCGAUCGCAGUGACGGCUGAGAUGUGGAGCAUUCUCAGACCUGAUAACAAGCGGAUCGCUGCCCUUAAUGCAAGAAGGCAGAUUGGGCAUGAUAAUGAGAGUCUGGCGGCGCUGGAAGAGGUCAUGGAGUAUGAUGAGACAGGGACGCAGAUCGACGAUGCCUAG